AUGGCCGAAAGAAUAACAGGGAAGGUCAAGUGGUUUAGCGACCAGAAAGGCUUCGACUUCAUGACCCCCGACGACGGCUCCGAGAAUCUCUUCGUCCACCAGUCCUCCAUCCAGUUUGAGGGCUUUUGCAGCCUCGCUGAGGGCGAGACCAUCGAGUUCAAGAUCAAGAUCCUUAGCUAUAGCAGGGGCGGUUACAAAGGGGCGGCUACGGUGGCGGUGGGAGAGGAAGGUACGAAGGAAGAGGAGGAGGCGGCUGUGGCCAAGGCGGAAGCUGCUAUAACUUAA